AUGAUGAUCAUGUGUGUGUUGGCUGGUAUCCCCCAUGGCCAAGCCUGUCACCAGUCACCUCUGGUGGAUUAUGUAAAGAAUCUAGCAAAGGCAAUGGAAGAACUAAGCAGUGCCUCCUUCAAAACUAGCUCCACCUACUCGGUGGUGCCCAAAGACCCCCAAAGCAUGCAGAUAAGUCCAUAUCCGAGACGACCGGGUGUUAGCACUUAUCUCACCCUUUCCACGCCAUCUCCAAAGUUGGCGAAAACCUGA